AUGAAGAUAACUUUCGGUUACACCACCGCAAAACGUGGCGCAGAUUUGACGGGAACAUUGCAAUUCAUGUCCCUCAGAAUAUUGAAAGCUAUAGAUGAAAAUCAAGCUCAGCCUAGCCAAGGCAUCGCGGAUGAUAUCGAGUCUUUCAUCUACGUUCUAGGUUACGCUGUUCUAAUGAAGAUAACACGGCAGACGAAGUGGGACACCAGCAAGCGGAAGUACUGGCAAGACACGUUCGAUGCCGCAUUUGGGAAGAUUGACCAUAAGGAUAUCGUAAAGGCUAGGGUGUCCAUAGCACCCCUGGAAUGGGCCCAAAAAGCAGGCACUGACUUCGAGUUGGAGGAGAUAGGAAUGUCACGUCCUUUCUUCAAUAUCCUCCUGAGGUUAUUCAUUCUCCUUCAAGAUGUGCACAGAACACAAGUACGGGGGAACAUCGGGAAAAACCCCUAUGUGGACGACACUGUUAGAUCGGAAGUCUCCAGUCAACCUGAGAUCAUGUUGGGAUACAGAGAGUUCCGCGAGAUUUUGGAGCAGGGGAUCACUAAACUGGAACUCAGGGAGUAG